AUGCAGGUGGGCGACUGUAUCUCUGUUGGCAAACCUCCACGGAGGCAACAAGAUGGCGUCUUGGUGGACUGGUGGGCUUGGUAUGGAGACAACGAGGCAUGUCCAGGGAAGCGCUUCUUUCUCCGGAUGAAAGACCCAGCAUUUCAUGCCAUCGACAAGAUGACCUACUCCAUCGGGCGGGCUGAAUCCUCCGACCUUGCCUUGACCAUGCCCCAAGUCAGCAGCCUCCACUGCAAGAUCACCUUCACCCCCAAGAGCAGGGAAGAUGGCGUUUUCGGCGGCAUGGACGAUGACAGGGAGUACGAGGUCAAGCUCGAGCACCUCUCUCGCACCAACCCCACCUAUGUCAACGACAAGGUCGUGGAGAGUUUCUGCAUCCUCCAGCACCUCGACGUCAUUCACGUUGCCCUCAAGACCCGAGACCCUAUCCUGUUCAUCGAUAAGAGAAGUCAGUCUUUUGUUUCUUACAGGCUGGACGAGAUUCAAGAGUCUGCUAGCCUCCGCACGGUUGAGAAUGUGUCUAGUCAGCAAGCUGAGGAGCUACCUUCGUCGCAGGCCGAAUAUGCUGGGUUGAGGGACAAAUACUUUAGUCUGGGGUCGAUCGACAUAAACCGGGGCUCUGGGAUAGAGGUGCGCCGAGUCAAACGGAAAUCAGAUCAGCAGAUCUUUGUUUGCAAGAAGUUCGUGGGGCUGCCGAGGAGAUCCAAGAACUCUGAAGCAAAACACAAGAAGGAGAUUGACCUGCUCAUGUCGAUUAAGCAUCCGAAUAUUGUCAAGUUGGAAGAUGUCUGCGUCGCCCGUUCGUCCGUCUGCCUCAUCAUGGAGCAAGUGAUGUUUUCUCGCCUCAUCAUCUCGAUGAAGCAUGAGGCUCAGACUCUCCCACAGCUUGCAGGCGAUCUCUUCAAGUACUUGCUGAAAGUGAUGAGCACCUCCAAGUCCGUGAAAAACGGCAUCGAGGAAGACCUGGCCAAGAAAUGGAUCAGCCAAGUCCUUGACGCCUUAGACUACCUCCAUGACAAGAAAAUCGUCCAUCGCGACAUCAAGGCUGAGAACAUCCUCCUCACUGAAAUGACGCCCGAAGCGACAGCCAAGCUCUGUGACUUCGGAGAAUCCAAGUUAAUUCCGAGUGGACGGAGCUCGACUCGUCAGAUAGGAACACAUGGCUUCAUGGCGCCCGAGAUCUGCGAGAAGGACGGCAAGCCGUAUGACUUCAAGGUCGACUUGUGGUCGCUGGGGAUCACCUUGUAUCAAGUGCUUAGCGGCUGGAAUGUCGAUGACAUUGAAGCGACAGGUGUCGGGACUCUCUCCUGCUCGGAAGCAGAUGAAGAUCAGAGCCAUGAAGAUAUCGACAGAGCGUUCCCAGGAGAAGAAUGGGAAAACCGCAGCAGGGAAGUGAAGGACUUGAUCACAUGCCUCCUCAAGCGAAACCCGGAGGACCGACCGACCAUCAAGGAAGCGAAGCGACAUAAGUGGUUCCUCCCCGGCGCUGAAGGGCUUGCGGAUGAAGAAGCAGCCGCUGCCAUGCACACCAGAUCGAAGAAGCGAGCGAGAGCUUCGAGAUAG